AUUUCAACAUUAUAUUCCUAAACAUGGAACUUAUUUGUUAUUCCAUUGAUUGAUGGAUAAUAACAACAGCCAUAACAAUAUCUGAUCUAUCAAUAACACGAGGAACAAAACAACAUAGACUAGACUACUUAUAGUAUACUAUACUGGACCAUCAAGUGGGCGUGGCACUUGUCUUCUAUGAUAGAUGGCAUGAUGUACAUCCGGUUAGUAUGGAAUUUAAUUUUUGAAGGAAUUUAUUUUUGUUAUGCAUUUAUGCGGUAUUUACUUGGUUUCAACACUCUUAGACCAUUGUUUACAAUAACACGAACGAUGGAUUUACGAGGAAGAAUUGUAGUGUACUCCAUCGUUGGAUGUCCGCAUUGCAUGCAGGCCAAGAACACACUGACCGAGAAAAGCCUCCCGUACACUGACAUCAGCCUCUCUGACUAUCCCCAGUGCAGGGGCUUUGUAAAAGAGAAGACUGGUAAACAAACAGUGCCUCAGAUAUUCUUCAAUAGUACACAUAUAGGUGGCAAUGCAGAGCUCCAGACUCUUAUAACAGAGAAUGGCCCUGCUUGGGAGAAACUGCUUGAAGAUGUUAAACAUAAUGAGCCCCCUGCUGAUGCUCCCAAAAUGCCAGACCCUUCACUCAAGGUGAAAGAUGCAGAUGGUGAGAUAGAAUUUAUAUGUGAGCCUGAUGAAUAUGCUAAAUUAGUAGAAGAAUUGAAGAAGAGUGGGUUAAUCAAGGACCAUCGCAAGGGUCUCACGGUUCAUCGGAACUCAUUUAUUGGCAAAGAGUUUGUUGAUUGGGUAGUCAAGACUAAGAAUCUCAGUAGAGUCACUGCAGUGAAUAUUGGUCAGCAGUUGAUUGAUCAACAUUUUGGUAACCAGGUAGAUACCAAGGCACAUUUCCUGGAUGAUUCCACGUAUUACAGACUUAUAGAAGAUGACGACUCCAGUGCUUUGAAUGCUGGGGGAACGUCAUCUUGCCAACCAAGGCCAGCCUCUGAACUAGGUGAAGAUCUGAGAAAGCUGAUUCUUAAAAUCUACAAUGCCCAUUUGUCACCGGAUGGCAAGAAAGUUGACUACAAGGGUAUAGCAAACAAUGCUGAUUUUGCAACUUACAUGAAAUUAACAAAAGAGCUUGUACGGGUACAGGUAGAGCGCGCCACCAGAGAGACAAAGUUGGCAUUCUUCAUUAAUAUCUAUAAUGCAUUGGUUAUCCAUGCAAAUGUAGUGAAAGGCCCACCAGUCAACCUUUGGCAGAGGUACAAGUUUUUCAACACAGUGCGCUACAUAAUUGCAGGUCACUCCUACUCACUUCAAGAUAUCGAGAAUGGUGUGUUAAGGGCCAAUAGGAAAGGUGUAGGAAUGUUCAGUAAACCAUUUGGGAAGACAGAUGCAAGGCUGACUGUUGCCCUAAGUGAACCUGAACCUUUGAUUCAUUUUGCCCUGGUCUGUGGUGCCAAGAGCUGUCCUCCCAUUAAGACAUACUCUAGUGAUGAUGUCAUGGCUCAACUAAAGGUGGCGGCAGAGUCAUUUUUAGAGGGAGAUGAUGGAAUAUCUAUAAACAUGGCAAAGAAGGAGGUCAGCUUAUCCCAGAUUUUCAAGUGGUACAAACCUGACUUUGGAGAUACAAAUGAGGAGGUUGUCCAGUGGAUUAAGAAUGCAAUGGGAGAUGGUGAGAAACGUUCACUUCUUGUGGAACUCCUCCUUGGUUCAAAAUUCAAGGUCACAUACCAGCCAUAUGAUUGGGGGGUCAACUCAAAGUAAUCCUAUGAUAGAGGGGCCGUGUCAUAAUAGUUUACCAGGAAGUAAGCAGUAGAUAAGUGCAUUAUUAAUGGACUAGCAUUUCAAGCAAGGACUCUAGUUAAGGACUGUUAAUUCAAGCAGAGUUAUGGCGUCAUUGAAGAUGAAACCAUUAAAUUAUGAUACAUCAAACUGUAUUUUGACCUUUCAACAAAAGCUGUGGCUGUGUAAACUCAAGAUAUACAGCAAAUCACUUGCAACAUUCCUGUUAUGGGAAUGGACCUCAUUAUGCAGAAUAUUUUGAACAAUAGGGUUUUAGGAAAAUGAAGAUGGAAUGCAAUAGAUGUUAUGACAAUUCAUGACAAUGCAUACAAUAGUAUUGCUUAGUAAUACUCUGCAAUGCAAUGCUUUAUUUAAGGAAUAAAGAAUAAUUUAUCAUUUUAUAUUGGAAAGCAUGAGUGCAUUAUCAGAAUGGGUUACAUAUACUGGUGCUUUUCCAAUAUAGAAUGAUACAUGAUUCUUUAUUGCUAUCCAAACA